UCAUUUCAAAGAUGCUAUGUCAUAUGCACAAGUCGUAAAAUCUUACAUUGUAAGUAACACGUUUUUUAAAAGAAAGAGCUUCAAUCCUUCUUAAACAAAAUUCGAUAAAUUUCUGGAUUUCUCGAUAAAACAAAAGCUUCGUGGAAAGUGAAACAAAUGUAUGUAUUUUCUUAAAAAUUGGACGUAACCAUUUUUUCUGGAUCCCUCCUCUGAGAUAUAUUGUUGUGAAUCGAUGUUUUCCUGGCGUUAACCGGUCAUUAAGUACUGAGAGGAUACGAAUCAUCUAUACUUAGAGAAGGUGAAAGGUCAUGCACUCUGCCUGACCAGCGGAAGUUCAGUAACUGUGCCAUCUCAGAACUGAAUGUUCCUCCUUGUACAGGUGUCGUCUGGUGAUCGAUGCUCUUCGGCGUUACUAGCAAGUCCCGGAGUAUUUCUUAUCCUGCUGUUUCUUGAGAACUUAACUCUGGAGUGUUUCUGACUGAAGUGGUGCUGUGACCAGUCAUGCACACAGUGUCCACCACACUGGUUGAUAACACUUUUCAAGUAUCCAUGACACCGGUUGAUAACAGACACUUUUCAAGUAUCUCCGUUGGGCAUUAGAGGAGCAAGGAGAAGUCAGGAAAUUUGGAGUAAACAGGGGGCAAGUAAACUUGAAUUAGUGUAAAAUACAUCAAAGCUGCAGGUUGCAGUAAACACUCGGCAGGUGUACUUUUGCAGGAUGAGAGCAGGAAUGUGACGUCAUACAGGUAUGAGCAGGGAGAGCAUGCUACAGACGGUGUUACAUGCCACAGACGGUGUUCCCGGCGCCAUUCACUAGGUGCUGAAGUGAAAUUUUUUAAAAAGUUUACGUUCGCACAGAUCAACACAGACGACGAGUGUGACCUCUGACCUGUCAUAUUACACUGCAGCUCAGUGCAUGGCCUGCGUGAUCGUCACGACCAGGCUGUCCUUCUUGCCGAGUGACCCUUCCCGACAGGCAGUCAUGUCCAGUCCACCUUUUCCAAGAGUGCCGGCGGAAAACCCUCAAGUACAUCAACAGCAGAACAGUUCUCAUCGCCAUCUGCGCCCUGGUUGUCAUCGAAUGCGCGUGUGUUCUAGCCGAGCUAAUGGUGGAUUUGCAAGGCAUUAAGUUCCGCUUCGAGAACGAGGAGCAGGAAAUCCUGCGGUUUGUGCAGUACCUGCGGGAGAAGUACCCUGACCAGUUCGCAUCGUUUGACGGGCGGAACGUGGAGGACAUCUUCAGCCAGAUUCAAGAGGCCAUCGUCCUCAAGUCGCCGGACGAUUUCUCCUGUCUGCGUUGCGCGUGCACGUGCCCCACAGCCUCCCAGACAGCCCUCCAGACAGAAUCGAGCAGUCUCACGCAGUCCGGAAGUGGCGACCCGGCCAGGUCACGCACUCUGCAACAAAGCGUGACGUCACGAGACGCUCAGAUAAGCGCCGCAUCCCCGUUGCGAGAGGUUGCGGAUCUGGGCGAAGCUCCGCCAGGUGGCGCGGGGCGGCGGGGGCGGCGAAGCGAGCAGGGGUCAGGGGACACGCAGACGGCCUUGCCCCCCUCGGUGCAGUUCGUGAAGCUGGACAACGCCACGACGGCUUCAAGAUGGAGAAUGUGUUCGUGCUGGAGAUCAACAACGUGAAGGAGAGCUUCUUUCUGGUGGCGGAGUACGCGCCGGAGCACAUCGCGCAGAACGACACGCGGCACAGCCACUACCACAACGAGUACGAUAAGAUCCACAAGGCCUCCACCACGCUGCACAUCGCCAGCCUCGUCAUCCUCUCCGUCAUGGUCAUAGAGACUCUCGCAAAACUUAUCUGCAUGGGAACAGGCUUUCUCAAGAAACGAUUUGAGGUGUUUGACGCCUUCAUCGUGCUGGCGUCCUUUGCGCUGGAUUUCGUCUUCCUCGACAGCCGCUGGUACGAAACGGGCAAAGAUGCCGCCACCAUCCUGGUCCUGCUGCUGCCCUGGCGGGUCGUCCGCAUCGUCAACAGUUUUCUGAUGACAAUAAAGCAUAAACACCACAUCGAAAUGAUGAACAUGAAGCGAGCAAAGAAGAAAGCAGAUUUCAAGAAUGCGAAAUUGCAAACUUUACUCACAGAAAUAAGGAAAGACGUUCAGCUGCUUGUGGCCCUGUGCCGGAACUCUCAUCUUCCAGAGGGAGAAAUCACUGCCUGUUUGUAUGGUCUGGGCAGGCGCAGCACAACCCUGAAUGCCGUCACUUCCUGUACGACCAUCAUGCUGGUUUCCGCCCUCGGCAAAGACGCUUACUGCGAAGACGAAAUCUACGGACGUCUGUUUGCGGAUGCCCUGAGGGACCCGGCGGAACACGAGGAUGAGCCGGAGGCAAAGAAAGCCCAGGAGGAGGCGAUAGACGCAGCCAUCGAGCUGGAGAAGCAGAUGGAGCAGAAGAACAAGAAGGCGGCGCGUGCCAGCAAGCCUCGUUCUGCCAAGCGGCGCGCGAAGGUGACGCGCAGCUACACGGUUCCGCGCCGCAGCGCCAGCCUCGACAACCAUGCGGCAGCGUGCGAGACGGCGUACGGGGACGUGCCUUUCGACAGCGUCAGCGCUCCCAACGGAAGCGGAAGCGGAAGUAUAUUUUAUGUCAACAACGGUUUCACGACGCACAGUGCGCAACGAACUGCCGGCGGCGGGGCCAGCUGUAGUGCGGCGGCCGCCCCGGGCAACGGGAGCCAGACCAAAUCUCCAGAAACUUUGGCAGGUCUGGCCUCCGGAAGUGGCAUCCCCUUGUCGAAUUUAUCUGCAACGACCCCGAAUGGCGAGGAAGAGGUUCUGGAUUCACCGAAGGAAUCGUGGGAAGAAAGGCUUCCGCCGAAGUAUCAGAGCAAGGCGUCGGUCAGGAGUGUUCCCGGUCGUGGACCGAACUACGUGACCUUCGAAGUUACAACGCAAGUCACCUACCUUUGACACAGUGUGGAAAUAUCACAGACAAACGGCGCAGAUAUGAUGACAUUUUCAGGCAAAUAGUCGAACCUGAAACGGCUUGUUGUAUGAGAGUGAUCUCCCUUCUGAGUGACGUCAUAGAGAGAAGACGAAGACACCACCAUAAGUACAGUGGCUUGAAGAGCAUAUAUUUGCAUAUUACUAUGUGCUCACUGAUGAUGAUGAUGAUGAUGAUGAUGAUGAUGAUGAUGAUGAUGAUGAAAAUUUUGGUUGCCAUUUUUCUAAAAUACUUCAUCUUGUAGUAAAACAAGUAGAUGAUUUCGAAGAGUGUAGUUUUUAAGACAAAGACUAGACAGCAUAGAGAACAUUGUUUCAUGCUCCGAGUUCAAUCUUUGUGGACUUUUAAGUUUACCUUUUUAUCGCCAUGACAAUUGAAACAAGUUAAGCAAGCUCUAGUCCAGAAGGCGGCCAUGACACUGGGUAGGCUGACAUCAGCUUACUUACUACAUCUACCACAGACCUGCAGAAGGUGUGUGCAUGGCUGACUACAAUGUUCUUGGCUACCCAAUGGCUCGGGGAUUGGAGUCAGUUCGCAAAGUGCAUGUAAAACUUGUUUGUGUGUAGAACUCAUCAUAUCAACAGAGGCCAAUGUCACGUGUCAGCAGUUACUUGAUCCUCCAAGUUAAUUAUCAUUCGUGUUCUCGCCGAAAAGACUUCUGCACGAAGUACUUUUGAAAAGUAAGGGUGAUAAUAAUAGUCAGAUUAGAUCUGAUUAUGGGAUGCAAGUGUAUUUACUAACAUUCAUGACUUUAUUUUUUUCUUUCCUUCCUGUUUUUUUCACUCCUUUCUUCUCUCAUAUUUCGUCUACUUUAUUGUCCUCCUUUCCAAUCUUCGCACACUCACAAGUUCAGUUACAGAGUACAGUAUGAGGCCAGCCUUGUCUCUGCAAUAAGCGAAGAAGAAUGGGUUUGAAAGAGCAAGAUGUCCGGUCUUUCAGGGUUUAAAAAAUAAAAGUUCUCGUUGGCAAAGCGAAGCAUACAGCAUUAACAAAGUUACUUUUUUGGAGUUCUGGUACCCUUUUUGACAUUUAUCACAUUUAUCAUUAACUGGGAAAUAUCUCAGUAGCUCAAAAGGUCCUAUCCUUUCUUUUGAAUGGUUUGUGCCCCAAUUUUUGUUUUUGUUUUAUAAGAAUAACAUUGUAGUUUGUCAUUAACAACUCUCUGUUUUAAAAACAGGUAAUGUCAGUGAAAGUUAUUUAAGCUUUUAGUCUUCUUGCUGUCUGGACGAUCCUGUGAUGCGACGAUUAUCACAAAUGCAGUGAAAAUCUGAUGUCCUGGGUUCAUAUCUUGCCUCGGGCACGCUGUUCUCUGUGUGUGGCACCUGUUUUACAGAGUCGGCUGCUUUGUCAUAACUUAGUUAUAGCUACUACCCAGGUUUUAUAUACUAGGCUCUCUUUUGCAAGCUUUGGUGUUUCUGACAUAAGGACCGGAAACUUCUGUUCCUCCUCCUCCUUCUUCUCUCUUUCCAUCCCACAUCAUAAUACCAGCGAGACAAUGUGCUACAAACACACAUAAUGUGUUUCAUCUGAUUGUUGUUUGCAAAGAUCAGCUUUCUUCAUACUUAAGACACGAAAGCUGUCAACUGAGAAUUAUGCAAAAAUGUUCGUUAUUGCAACAAAACACAGACUUUGAAACUGCCCAUUACAGAAAACACAAACUAUUUGCAUAAAUACUUGACAUUUCAACAGCUACAUGGUUGUGGUUGAAAAAUAGUUCAUAUCACAUUUACAGCAGGUGAUGGACAAACACUUUUUAUUUUAUUAGAAUUGUCUCUGUGAGAGACAGCUCAAGCUCACACAAAUUCAUAAAGCUUAUUUAUGUUUACAAAGAACACAACAUCACAGGACGCCUUUCAGCACGCGCACACACAUCGGUCCCUACACGUACACUUGCAUUCUAGGAUUGUUUACAAACAACUAUUCCAGGACAGAUCGUUAUCCGUGCCGUGGAAUCCAGCCUUCUGUUGACUAAUAUGUUGUUGACUUUUUUUGUAUGUUUUCUGACCCUGUCUCCAGUCAGUUGAUCGCUCUUUCAUGUGAUAUUGGCAACAUGUUUGCUGUUUGUUGUCUUUUCUUGUUAAUGCGCUGAAGUAGAUAUGUAAUGGAGUCAGCACAUUCUAUGCUUUAAGGAGUACAGCCUACAGCAAUUAUGUUCAGUUUGUUUAUAUACAUCUAUAAAUAUGCACUUUUGACCUCGGCGCGUUGUUGAGUUCUGAAAUCUUGUCAAACUGCCUGAAGACAUAGACUUCUAAAAACUUCUCUUUGUUGUCUUUCUUGGUUUGUUAAAGUGGCAUAGACGCUAUUUCUAAAUAUCUCUUCUCAGAACGUUCUAGAAAGCCGCUCUUAAUACUGUGUCGCAAUCUA